AUGGCGGACGACGAGAAGACUUUUAUGUUUCAGUGCGUUCCAAACAAAACUUUUCCAGGAUUUGAAUCUGCUGAUGUAAAAGAACGUUUUAUGAAAUGGUAAGUUCAAAAAAUGUUUUUGCGAAAUGGUAGCGUAGAUUGAACGCAUACUCGAAAAAGUACUUUUGCAAAUACACGCGAACUUGUCUCCGUCUUUCACUCAGAUAAGCUUAAUUCUUAAGUUUUAUGAUUUAAUUCCUAACGAUUUUUGACUGUUCAAAACAGUUUUAAGAACUCCAUGGUAUAUUAUCAGCACAAAAAUCGCCGUUAAAGUAAUUGGUACGUUGGUGGCGGCCACUGAAUCAUACAUGUUACAGUUUGCAGUUUUGGAUCGCGUUCUAACGAUGUUCAAUUUUUGUCAUUUAACUUAAGACACAAAAAAUCCAAAUAAUCCAGGCAGACAAAGAGACUGGCUGUUAUUAAGAUUGGAUGAUUUGUCGUAUCUAGUAACUCCCCGUUCCUCGUAGAUGGUUUGUCUUGACAUAUAAUCCAACUACCUUUCACAAUCCAACUACUGAUAACUAUCUGGAUUUUUUUUUGAUGCUGACUCCAGUUAUGUGUCUCUGGAAAGUCUGUCUCUUAGUUCACCAUUCAAUAUAACAAUGUUAAGGUGUGAAUAUAAUCAACCCUCUCUAAGAUGGACACCGUAUGAGAACCAUCAUUAAUUUAUCUUUCUCAGAGCGGUGUACCCCGAGAGAGGGUUAACCCUUAAGUCCCAAUAGUGACCAACAUCAAUUUUCUCCUAACAAUAUCCAUAUGUUGCCAAGAGAAAUGGUUAUAAGAAUUAAUAAAGUGAUCACUAAAGAGAAAAGCUUUGAUCUGUUAUCAAAGUCUCUCAACUAAUUCUUUAAAGAAUGAAGAUCAGUAUGGAGAGUUUAUAUGAGGAUAUUCGGGCUUAAAGGGUUAAUUUUUGAUCUAUCCCUAAUAUCAAAAUCAAAGAAAAAUAGUGAAGAAAACAAUGGCAUAUAUUCUAACAAAUUAAUAGCAACAAAAAAGAACCCACAAGUCACAAAUGCGUGUUGAAGGAGAUGUUGAAAGGUAUUUUACUAUUAUGUACCUGCCAACUAUUUUCUGGGUCAAAUGCGUGAGAUUUUUGCCUUGUAAUGACCGCGAUUUCUGAAAACGUCCCAGCAGCUUGCAAAGAUUUCUGAUGAUUCUCUGAAGACUUGUGAAUGUUGCCAAAAGUUUCUAAAGAGGUUCCAUUGUCCUUUGAGCACUUCCAAAGCUAUUUAAAAGACAACAAUAUAUAAAUCAUGUGUUAAAGAACAAUUCAUCUGGAUUUGUGAGUCAGGUGUGAGAAAUGGUCCUUGAUGCAUAAGAACGACGUCUUAAUGCCAAAGGAGUGAGACUCACGCAUAAUGCAUGACUGUUGGCAGGUGUAUUAUUACUGUUUCCAAAAGCUAUUUUUCCAAAUGUUCAGUUUUACGCAGAGAAGCUUGAGAAAACUGUCAAAAGAGAUUUCUUGGUCUUUGGGAUGUCAAAAAUAGCCUGGAGCUUGAGAAAAUACCCGGCUCUCAACGUAUUUUUUUCUGGUUGAUAAAAAUUGCAGUCUUUAAAAAGGCAACUGUUUUCUUCUCAUAUUACCUGCCCAUCAAAUGCCAUUUUCUGUCUGUUAUGAAUUUAAGCUACAUCCCUGUGUUGGGUAGGUAACUGGAAAGAGAGUGCAUCUCUUUAAAAAAGAAAAAAUAUCACUGUUUGCAGGGGAAUGAUAAGAAGAAGUAAAUCGCAAAUGUUCUCGUAUGACCAGUUGUUUCAGGCAUAUCAAAAAGACAAGUUUGUUUUGGUAAGUUAUAUUUCUUUGAAGGGACCUUACUACCAAACUUAAGCUGGCUUCAAUACUGAAUGAUCCGUAUUGUGUAUGUACGAUUGUACUGUAUUCUUACAGGGUGGCCUAGAGAGUUAAUAGCAAACCAUUAUUAUAAUUAUACCUGAAGUAAUCAACCAAUUUUUUCAACUGCCCCUCCCCCACUUAAUUUUCCUCAAUAUAUCCAAGCAGAAAAGAAAAUAUGUGUAUAUAACAAAUAACCAAUUUUAAAAAAAUCACUGUACAGUGAAUAUCCCAAAAAACUGGCUCUGACUCUGAUCCUACAGUAUAAAGUGAUGACAAAUUAUUACCUAACUACUUUGGCUUCUCUUUUUUUUUAAAGGACUUUUUUCAAGAUCCUGCUGUUGUUUCCAGUCUUCAGGUUGGUGUUCUGUACGAUUAGUAAGAAGUAGUUUAGUUUGUUCUGAGGGUAAACGGGGUACUUUAUACCAUCUUUAAUGGCAUGAUAUACAGGAAGGCUCUGCCUACAAGGGGAACCAUUUUUUGGCUUCAGGUAUAUUAAAGGGUAAGGAUUUCAUGCAUCAAAAUAUAUUGUAAGGGUAGGGAUAUAUGUUGUUUUAGGUUUUUAAAAGAACCUUUAAGUAUUUAAAACUAUUAUGAACAGAGAUAUCUUAUGGGUGUGUCAGUUUGAUUUGCUAAAUGCUAAAUGCAUGAAAGUGAGAAGAGGCACUCCUGAGAAUAUCAGUGUAGCAUAUUUCAGUGCAGGAUGUACUAAAAAGGUAUCUUUUCUCUCAAAAAUGUAUAUAAGAAGACAAAGCUUCUUAACAUAAAACUUGGGUGAGUUACUUUCUGGUACUGGUUCCAUUCAGUAAAAUACUUUAAUUCUGAAGAUUUUAUGCCUUUCUUGUUUCAGGUUGUGUCCUCUAAUGAUAAUUGGGGUCCUUUAAGUAAGUAAUGAAACCCAGAAAAUAAAAUUAAGAUCAUGUAUAAUUGUUUGCUGUCUCUGCGUGAGUUAUUUUUAAUGAAUUAAAACCAGUUUUCAGUCCACAGCAUUAGUCACCCACCAAGCCUUUUUCCUCGUGGAUGAAAUUACCCUAGCAAUUUUUUUUUGAAUCCUAGAAUUUUAGAGGAAAUUUGUGAGGUGGGACCUUCUGUAUUACUUAGUCUUAUAACUUAAAAAUGAGGUCACACUUUAUUGGAAAUGAAGAAGCAAGUGGAUCAGAAUGUAUUGCACAAGUAAAUUAAAACAAAAUAAAUUAAAACAAAAUAAAUGACUUAAAACAAAAUAAAUUAAUGCUUGGAUGAUAAUUUAACUGGAAGGUCUCUUCCUAAUGGAUACUUUCCACAUGUUCUUAAAAGUAUAGAGUCCUUGGAAACAUGACCUGGAGUCAUUGCAAAAAAACCUUUAGUAAGAAUGAUUUACCAGUGUGGCUAUUAUUUCAGGUAAAACAAUAGAUUCACUUGUAUGUAACACUUGGAAAGUUCUGUUUUCCCUGAACUGGAACAGUGUCAAACAGUUCUGAUGAAAACAAAUUGCAGCUGAAUUAACUUAACAUCAAGAUCAGUGUGUGGUUUGUUGGUGUGUGUGAGGGAAUGGGAUGGGAAAUGGACUACGUACAGUGUACUCUGAAAAAGUAAUUGGUACCAUCGAAGGAUCACAUAUAACAUUCAUUUAUGUUAUUUAAUGGUGGGCUUGUUAACAUAUGAACAUAAAAAAUUAUUAUUAAGAAUGGAAAUUACUUUCUAGUUUAAACAAUUUUAGACCCCCCCCUCCCCUGCCCUGAUCAAAGAUACCUGCUUCUGCCCUUGAACAUGAUCAUUUUUUAUUCCCUAGACAUUAAACCCUCUUCUGUGAUGGCUGAGCUUGUUUCCUGUUCUGUUACAUCCAUGGAAUUCUUCGACAGACUUCAAGAUCAAGGUUUGAAUGUGUAAUUUCUCAGUAACCUCCAAUUUCCUUUAUUUUAAGCAUUAUACGUUUAUUAUGGUACAUGUGUACUAGUAAAAAAUGAAAAUUUUUGCAACAAAAUCGAGAAAAUCUGUUUGUUUAUUAUACUUUGUAUUUAAAAGUUAGCCUGGUUUUGUAAGAUUUUCAGAUUAAGCCUCAUGAAUUCCUUUUGUAUUUACUUUGAGUCCAGGAAUAAUUAUUUUUUCUAAUUUCUUUCCAAAUUAAAAUCUUGAAAGGAAUUGUAAGAGAAUCAGGAAGCAUUAGAAAGUGUUUUGAUGAAUAUUUUGAAGACUUUGUCAUCUCUGAUGAACUUAGAAAGGUAAGUUGUAACAAUAAUAAGUAGGUUUGUUAAACCUGCUACCUCACCAGUGUUUUCAGGGAUCCUACUGCAAUGACCAUGUGUAAAGAUUGUUUUUAGAGCUUGUAAUCAAAAUAUUUUAGUCCUUUGCUUAGCCUUUUGACCUUUUAUAUUUAUUUGCUAUCUCUCAUGUUGUAAGAGAAGCAUCUCAUGUAGUUUUUGAAGUGUUUUUAGAAAUCAUUUUAAACUUAACAAUAAAUUUGUUGAAGUCUUUUGUGAACUUUUGACUUACUUUUUAUUUUUACUUUACUCUAGUGUCCGUGAUAAUUUUAUCUGUGAAAACAAUAGUUUGUAUGUUUAUCUUUCCAAGAUGUUAAGCCUGCUAGAUGCAGCAGACUUUCUGUAGAAUCAAAUCCGUUUAAUAUUCAUUUAAUGGUUGUCACUAAGAUUUCAAGUUGCCGGGUAAAUACAGCAAGUAGGCGGGGAAUCAAACGGCUAGGGAUUUCUUUUGGUUGUAUUUUUCUUCUAUUUUCCAAUAAAGUAGCUGGGAGCCACUCUCUUAGUAGCCGGGGAAAAUCCCCUGCCCCCGGCUCUUAAUGACAACCCUGCAUUUCCUUCAUUUCUUGUAUUCGUGGGAAACUUUUUCUUUUGGAAUCUGGAAUCCUGGGCUUUCGAAUCCGGAAUAUAGCUCAAGGAAUUUGGCAUCCAGCAAUCAAUUGGAAUCCGAAAUCCAGUAUCUGGAGUCCAGAGUCCACGGCGAGGAAUCCAGAAUUUGAGGCUGUCUUGGAUUCUCUCACUGACAUGGCCGGCUGAUUGAAUGCUUUUGUAUACAAGUUAUUAUACUACUACAUGAGAAAUUUGUGCAAUUUGAUUGGCUUAGAGCAGUGGUAUUUCAGCUUAAUUUGAAAUACCUACAUGUGAAAAUUACAAACCUUUUGCGGGUAGUAGUAUAAACAAAUAAUAGCAUGAUUUGUACGUGAUAUUUGGCAUAAACACCACUCGUGAUAUUUCAAAAUUGUCUCAAAUUUACUCGCCUAAUGGCUCGUGAAAUUACGAAUAACAAUUUCGAAAUAUCACUCGUGGUAUUUAUGCCAAAUAUCACGACAAAUCAUGCUAUUACCUAUACAAAUUGACAGCAUUAGUAAAAAUAAGGUUCAAAGGUUCCUUUUCCUCCAUUUGUAGGUUUUACUUCUUGAAGAGGCAGAAACAUAUCCAAUUUUCAGUGAUGCUGAUAGAAAUGAGUUUAUUUUCUUGAUAUUUAAGCAUCUCUGCCUGGGAGGCGAAGUCUGCCAAGUAAGUCCAAAUUUCCACUUAGAAAUAUUUUAAGGCGUUUAAGCAGAAACAAUCCGCGGCAUUCUACGUAAUGCGGGAAGUCGCUUCGCAUCUUUGCCGAGAAAGUAGCGCAAAACUAUUAGGCCAAUCACAAAGUUCCACCGUGAUUAAACGUCUGACGAUUUUGAUGUAAAUGGGUAAGGAUUUGUUUAUGAUUGUAUAAACUCAAAAUAAUGUGCUUCGCUUGGUUGUAAACGAUUCCCGCCCGAGUGACAACAUUGUUGGAAAAAUGCGCGGAAAAUAAUAACAGCGGAACUGUGUUAAUUUUUUUUUUAAAACAUUCUGUAAAUUUCAGAGCAUAUUGGCAAGUUGUUGAAUUUUAAACAUUAUCAGUAAGAGGUAACCAGCCGAAAACGAAAGUCUUUCACUACGUUUGACCAGAAACUCAUAAGUUUCUGGUUUGACUCAAUAUAAAUCACUGUAUAUGUUUUGUUAAGGACAAAAGUGCGAGAUCUAUGCUAGACUUGCCACAAGUUGAUCUCGCGAGCUUCUAAGCGAGCGGAGCGAGCAUUUUAGGCUGAAUGUCUAUCUCUAUCCAUGCUCUUUAUACUACAUUUUGACUCUAGUCCUAAUGACACUAACCGGACAAGAAUAAAAACCGUGUAGGAAAAACAGACUUGUGAUUUUUCGAGUAAACAAACGACUUUUUGACACGGUCUCUUUGUUUUGAUACUUCCUAACUACUUUAGCCUGUGAACAGGCUCUCUGUUUGGGGAAAGGGUGAAAAAAUCGCGAGGAGAGAGAAGGGAAAGGUCACCCUAUUCCCUCCCUCUCCUCGCGAUUUUUUCACCCCAUACCAAAGCAGAGAGCCUGUUCACAGGCUAGCGAUCGCGACCACCCAAAAUGCAAAGCUAAGUGGUCGCCUACGGGAGGUGAUCGCUUACAAGAAUCGAACCACAGGGGGCCUCUUCGAAGAAGAGGUCCAGGCGCAUCUACUUUAUGGAAGAUAAUUUGUUGCAUGCAAUGUCUAAGUUACGACAUGUAUAGUUCCAAUGUUGUCACUAAAGUUCUUCGCGUAUAUUCUGAGUAGCAUAGUGCACACGGCGAGCUUGUAGUUAUCAGAGAAUGCGUGUGGUGGUCGCUUACAAGAGGUGAAACAAUGAAGUCAAUGAAAAAUCAUAAACCGUCAGGCCCAAAAAGUGGUCGCGGUCGCUUACAGGAGGUGGUUGUUUACUAGAGGUUCCAACUGUGAGGCUUUUACAGGGAAAAUUUUGGUGUUUUGGAUUGGUGGUCGCUUACGAGAGGUGGUCGCACACGGAGGUUCGACUGUAGUUACUUGUUGCUCUCGCAACAUGCCCGCUUGCCUUCGCUCACAUGAAAAUACGAAGAAAAAAAUGCCUGUUUUGCAGGCUAGUGCUAAGAAAACCAGCCUACAUCAGCCACUCAUAAGAUCACAUUUUUCAUUUUACCGACAACUUGAGCUACUAGAGUAUUACCCUGGUCCCAGAGGCUUUUUUUUAAAAUUUUUCUUCGAGAAAGAGAGAGCCAGCCGCGAAGAAAAUUUUUAAGAAAAAAAAUCUGGGCCUUACCAGGGUACUAAAUUCAGUGCUGUAGAUGGGGAGGGGCCCGGGGGGACUGCCCCCCCACCAAUAAUUUUGACAGGCACGUUUAAUUUGGUCAGCGGCCACGCUCUUGACGCUGCUCUACGGUUGACUGUGUUUAUUUCGGUUCGAUAAAGCAUGAUAAUUAUUUAUUUAUGGCUUCAUCAAGGAAAAAUCAGUUAUAAAUUGCUGGAAAUUAAUGCUCUCGGAAGGCUGAAAAUGCUAUUUCAGAUACCCUAUAUUUUAAAAUCUUCAGGUGGAGCAUGCCCCCGGACCCCCCUAGCAGCUCAAGCCUUCGGCGCUCGUGAUUGGCCUCCCCCAAUAAAUCUAACCUUGCUACGGCACUGAGAUUACAGUUGAACCUCUCCACAACGGCCAGCUUGGGGACAGAAGAAAGUGGCCAUUGUCGACAGGUAUAAAAAGCGUUAAGACGGAAUCCACCAGGACAUUGAGUAAUUUUGAUUUUUAGUGGACAAAAAUCUUGGAGCAGAAUAAUUUAAAGCAUAUUGCAUUCUUUCUUACAUUUUUCAAGGGCUAAAGAUGUAAUAAAUCAUCUGUAGUAACCCCCCCCCCAAAAAAAAAUUUCUCAUGGAAGCCCGAGAAAAUGAAUGUCAAAUUUUACAAAAUUAUAUCUUACGUAUGAAAUUUUCAGAAUUUUAGCUGUGAAAUCACAGUUCUUGUGAAAUUUGACCUUCAUUUUCUUGGACUUGUUCUUUGGUGUUAUUACAGAUGAUUUAUUACAUCUUAAGCCCUUGAAAAAUGUAAAAAAGAAUGCAAUAUUCUUUAAAUUAUUCUGGUACAAGGUUUUUGUGCACUGAAAAUUAAAAUUACUCAAUUUCCUGGUGGAUUCCAUCUUAAUGUAUGGACUGUCUGCCAAAAAACUGGCCAUUGGCCGUUAGUGUAGGUUCGACUGUGUACGCUUCUUAAGGCACAGAGAAAUUACUGAAAAUGGCGUCUUCAGUAAUCUAAAUCUCGUGUUCUUUUUCAGUACGAAGAUGACAUAAAUCCUUACCUAGAAACGACGAAAAUAAUUUAUAAAGAUCUUAUAAGGUAGGUCUCUUUAAAAAAGGGGGAAAAACCAAACCGAAAUAAGAGAGAUGCUGUUUGUAAAGGAAGUAAGGCCUAAUAAGGAGAUAGAUUCAAUCCGUACGAAACUCUUCAGUGUUUGUGAAAACAGUAAUAAUUUAAGGUUUUGUGAGCGGACGCCUUCCGCAAAGCGAAAAAAGUGUCCGUUAAGAUACAGUAGAACGGACAGAUUUUGUUGCAAAAAGUAGAACUACUCUGUACUUUCUACACAACAUCUUUUCGCAACCUGCAACAAGCUGCUUUGUUGCAAGUCUGGUUUGAUUUGCGGGUGGUAAAACGCGCAACAUUGCUAUUGAACUCGUUUAGCAACAAUGUCGCAAGACAAGCUGCACAUUUUUGGCGCCCGUUUUAUUGUACCUUUACUGACUGAAGCUAGAGGAAAGUUGCUCCACUCACAAACACUACACGUAGUUAAGGCUGGAGAAACUUCACCGUAUAAAAUGACUGUUCGUUUUGUUAUGCUUCAUACAAAUCAAGGCACACAGCAAUGUACUAUGUCCUAGGCAGUCAGAGAAUAGAGUGGGAUUUUUUUUCUUUGCGGGGUCAACUUGAGCUUAGAAGCAAAAGAAAAUUCAAAAUCACCUCUCAAAAGUGUCCUUGGCCGCUCACAGGAACCUCAGCUUAUUGGCACUGUGUAAAUUCAGACUUGAUGGAAAUUCCACAGGUCGCCCAAGCUUGCUUUGCAUGCACAUCAUAGCUGUCUGUGGGAGUUCAAACGGGGUUUUGUCAAGUUGGCUGAUAAAGUAAUCCGUUUGUGUAUUUUAACUAAGGUAGCUAUGACUGUACCUAUUCUCAUCGGCGUCGCUGUUACUGACCCUUGUCUUGAUUAUAUCCUUUUUCCAGUGUUCACAAAGAUCCUUCAACAAAGAAACUUCAAGUCGGAUCUGUUGUGCUCAAAGUAUCUGUACAGGUAUAUUUUUAUUCGCUUGUAAUAAAACAUGUAACUGAAAUGAACUUUUCAAAUGUCUUCUUGCGAAAUGGUAAGUAAUUUACCACACCUUCAAGAAACAGCGACCUUUUACCCUGAAGAGCAGGCCCUGUUUUUUCGCGAAUUUCAGGCGAACACAAAGUGGGCGUGGAGCGUGAGACACGCCUUCCCCCGUCGCGUGUGUCUCGCGUUCCUCGUUCGCUUAGUACUCGCCUAAAAAACGAGAAAAAAUAGCGCCUGUUCUGGAUACUAGUGACAUCGACAGGUGUCUAAGGCAUAUAGAAUAUGUUUAACUUGAUAGCGCACAUCCUUAUGGAUAUCCAUGUUAUGGUCAAUUGACGGCUGUCAGUGUCACAAGACUGUAUCGCGAGAUACAAACGUGCUUUAAAUUUAUCCGCUGACCAGUUGUUAGUUUUAGUUGAUCGCGGGCUCAGAUUCAUAAUGAAAAAGCUAUAUAAUAAAUAACUUAUUAACCUCGUCCGUUCGGUCAUCAGAGGAAAUCUCAGACCACAGCUUUGAUGUAUUGACCUCGCUAUCGCUCUGUCAAUACAUCAAGGCCUCGGUCUGAGAUUUCCCGUGAUGACCGAACGGACGAGGUUAAUAAGUGGUAUGUAAAACAUUCUAAUGAUAUAAAAGUGCAAGCCUUACCUGACUUAACAUGUUCAAUUACUCAAAUGAUCUUCGUUAAAAUGGUACGAUAAAAUUCAUUGUUCGAUUAGGCAGUUGUCGCUUGGAAACAGCUUGCUCAGUGAUGUAAGGAACCUUAAAGCUUAGUUGUCACUUCACGUGAAGGCAAAGAAAACUUCUGAACUUGAAAUUAAAAGCAAAAGAACUGAACCACAUGUAAGCCAACAUUGGUACUUUUGCGUCCGAAUAGAAAUGUGCGCAUUAUGCAAAAUGUUGAGAAGCUGAUGCUUAGCACGUGCAGCUCAUGUAGCCGUGCCACGAGCACCCUGAAUACGAGGCCAAAAAUAGAUAAGCUACCACGCCUCUAUCUUGCGUGGCAUUACAAGAGACCUCUUUAGCUUAUAUGUUUUGUUUAUUUCCCAAUAUACAGGUCAUGUGUUGGUCAUGUGAUAAUACUUUACAUAAAAUGAAUAUUCUAGAGAACUGUUUCUUUCAAAUUUCGUCUUAUUCACAUGCAUAUGUAGGCAUAAUUUAUGAAAAGACAAAGGGUCAAGUUCCCCUGGGACCUCUAUCGGAAACUAAAACAUACAAGCUAAAAAGGCACGGAAAAACGGGCAACAAAAAACGCGCAACUUGUUUUGCAAUAUUGCUACAAAACGAGUUGAGUAGUGGUGUUGCGCCUUUUCCCACCCACGUUCGCACCUGUUAACAACCUGAUUUGUUGCCAGACAGGUUUGAUGUGGGUCGUAAAACGCGAAACAUUGCUAUUCAACUCGUUUUUCAGCAAUGUUGCAGGACAAGUUGCACGUGUUUUGUUGCACGUUUUUUUCCGUUUUUACCUUAACAUCACCUUAAAGCAACCAUGACGGCAAGGGCAGCGAAAACUUCACUUGAAAAGUCAAUUCACGCUUUUUCAAUCUUCAUUAAUGUUAUCCCAUUUCAUUCAAUUUCUCAAAUGUUAAGGAAUUUUUUUAGGACUUUUAAUUCUAAGGGACUGUUUCUAAUUUCAGAAAAAGAAAAAGAAAAUUUUUGCCUUGUGUUCGCGUCCUACGUAAAACGUGAAACUAGAAGGUUUCUACGUUCUAUUCGUGCAACAACGGCAAAGAAUUGUACAAAAACAUGGAUCAUUCUCUCCUUGCAAAAAAGCGUGAUGCACGAGCAAAGUUGUUGUUUUGCUGAUCUAAACAUUGUUUUUCCGCCGUUCUCGUUGGUGUCCCCGUCGCUUGAUUAUUUUAGGCUGAUUUAGUAACAGAACGGGAACGUCAGUUGACGACGGCCCUCGCAAAUCAAACAACUGGCUUGAUCAAUGGCGAGUGAGAAAUUGGGCACCGGAAGUCGAGUUUAGUCCUUUCCGCAGGCUUUCCCGUCGUCAAAUGACGUUCCCGUUCUGUUGCUAAAUCAGCUUAUUGUAUAUUACCUGCCUCUUCCAAAUUUGGUCAGCGCCAGCUGCUUAUGAAGAAUUAGCCGGCGGAUUAAAGCCAAUUAUAAACUGCGAAUUAUUUGGAAUGAAUAGUAUUUGUAGUCACAACUUUGCCUAAAAAUGUUUUGUGUGUCACUAUGUUUUAGGAUGAACAGGGCGCACAGGUUUAUCCUUCACUUUCACCACACGAUCAGUCCUUUGCGUACAUGUGUAUUAGUCCACUAAAGAGACACGUGUAUGUGUGGAGUCACUCGUGGAGAUAACAUGAAGUACUCUUUGUGAAAGAGAGCACCGCAUGAUGAAACACAUCCGUCUUGAAGGCUUGGAACGUUCAGGAGAUGUGCAACAUAAAUACGUGUGUUUUAUAUUUCCUACAAGCGUUGUUCAGAUGAUGCCAAAUGAAACUGUACAGUCG